UGUAGAAACAGGUGUAAAGGGUUAUAUAUGUGGAUAUGUGGGGGAGGGUUCCAUGUGGGAAUUUGUGAUAUCAUUUGUGUAUAUAUAUAGUGUGGGUUACAUCCUCAGCUCACUCUGGAGUCCUUCAUCAUGCUGUGGGCAAUAUUUCUAGCAGUAUUGGGAGUGGCGGCAGCAUCGCCCAUUAUACCCGAGGCUGCUCGGGCACUCUACUUCAACCCUGGCAUGCUGGAAGGAGACAUCAAGCGUCAUGAAACACACCAGCCAGGGAGGGUAGGCUCAGCCAUCCUAGGAGAUGAAUAUCUUUGGCCAGGUGGUGUCAUCCCAUACACCCUGGCAGAUGAUGUUACCAAUGAAGAGCAAGCAGCAAUCAUUAGUGGGAUGCAAGAACUUGAAGAGAUGACUUGCAUCCGUUUUUUGCCCAGAACCACCGAAGCCGACUAUAUUGAAAUUUUCACCAGUGGCUCAGGAUGUUGGUCAUAUGUCGGUCGUUUGGGUGGAAUGCAGCAAGUGUCCCUGCAAAGCAGUGGUUGCAUUUACCAUGGUACUAUUAUCCAUGAGUUGAUGCAUUCAAUCGGCUUCUACCAUGAGCACACUCGUAUGGACCGUGACUCUUACGUCCACAUCAAUUAUGAAAAUGUCGAGCCUUCAUACACGUAUGCCUUCGACAUUGAUACAUACUCCCGCUACGUUGGCGAAGAUUACCAGUACUACAGCAUAAUGCACUAUGGCAAGUAUUCCUUCUCCAUACAGUGGGGAGUCUUGGAGACCAUUGUGGCCCUGCAAGAUGGCAUUGAUCUCACUGAUCCUUAUGAUAAGGCUCAUAUGCUCCAAACUGAUGCUAACCAGAUCAAUAACCUUUAUACAAAUGAAUGCAGCCUAAGGAAAUAG